AUGCUACGUCCCGCCACUCCGCUGUCCAUCAUCUUCCUGGUUGCCUUUGUGCUCCUGCUACUGAGCACGCUAUCAACACCCGUCAUCAAAGGCAUCCCGCUGGGCAGCUUCCAAGGAUACAACUUUGGUGUACUGGGAUACUGCAAAGGAGACACAUGUGAGGGGCCGCGGAUAGGGUACAGCACAGGUACAAAAGAUGGCCUCUUCAAUGGGACCAACACCGAAGCCGACUUCUCCCUUCCUUCCUCCACACGGAACAGCCUCUCUGCCAUCCUCGUCGUCCACCCGAUCGCCGCUCUGCUGUGCCUGAUAUGCCUGGGCCUAGGCAUUGCCGCACACUUUCACGGUCCAUCGCACUCUCCGCGCUAUCUUCUGGCCCUUCUCAUCCUCACCAUCCCGACUCUGCUCGUCACGCUCCUGGCUUUCCUCGUCGAUAUUCUGCUGUUCGUGCCUCAUAUGCAAUGGGGCGGCUGGAUCGUGCUGGUGGCUACCAUCCUCAUCAUUGCAUCCAGCAUAGUAACAUGCGCCAUGAGACGGACACUGGUCAGCCGGAAGGCAAGGAAGAAGCGUAUUGCAGAGAAUGCGGAUAUGAAUGGUCAGAACUACUACGAGAACCUGGCUCAGAACCGAAUGAUGGUCGACUCGCUUCCCAAGGCUGAUAGCCCUCCCCCCAUGAGUGGCAGCACGGCUGUCGAUAAGAACGGCAGCUCGAACUUUGCUACUGAUGAGAUGAAGAGGCAGGAAACUAUGAGCGAAGGCGGUGGAAGGAGGAGUCAGGACGAUAGUACGCCUCUGAACCCGACUCGCGACCCCAGCAUCAGGUCUGCGAGCACCAAUGGCGGACGGACACCCUACGCACAGGAUCCAAUGGCACCGCCAAUGCCAAUGGAUGGCAGACCGAGAUACGAGAACCAGAACGGCAUGCCCAGACGGCUGAGUAGAGACCAGUAUGGCAACCCGAUCCCACCAGGUGCUGAGGUGGGAGCAAUGGCAGCUGCAGGUUUAAGGCAUCAAGGAUCACAAGGCUCUCUUGGGUCAAACCCAUCGCAGCCAUCGAAUGGCUACCCCAGAGGCAGAGGCGGUUACGGACCUCCUCCACGUGGAUAUGGACCUCCGAGAGGCGCGAGAGGUGCAUAUGGACCACCGCGAGGCGGACGUGGAGGAUAUGGACCACCACCACCACCGGGCUUCUACCGCGGGCGAGGAGGACCACCGCCUGGCAUGAUGGGCCGUGGAGGUCCUCCACCAAUGAUGGGUCGAGGCGGACCACCUCCACCUGGUUACGGCUACGAUUACAGCUACGGACCACCACGAAGUGGACCUUCGCCUUCAUACGAGCAGCCUUCCCCGCCAAUGGCCAUGCCGAAUCACGAUCAGUUUGUAGCUGGACCAGUCAUGGUUGAUGGCAUCGGUCAAGCAAUUGAAAUGGACGAGCGACACGGUAGCCCGCAGCAAGGGAGCCCAGCACCACUGAAUCAUGCCUACGACAAUGGACAAUAUGGACUCAGAGACAGUGACGCAGACGUUGCAGGUAUGAUUGGCUUGCAGCAGGGACAAGAACAGCAUGAUGCAGCACCUCACACUCUAUCGCCACCUCCACAAGAUGGUGGAAGGCAGGGUGAUGUGCGAAGUCCAUCGAGCAUGUACUCUGACCAAACAUAUGUGCCGCCCCCAACUCAGUGGAGCGCAGUACCUUCUCCGCUCGACCAUGGUCAGCAUGAGAAUGGUUUGCUCUCGCGGAAUACGUUAGACACGAACAUCUCGAGCUCAUCAGGUGAUUACUCGUCUGGUCUGCCAUCGUCAAGAGUCCUACCACUGUCGCCAGUUCCAGCUUCUCCAACUGGUCGAUCAGCACGUGGCAGCCACAGUCCACGCCACAACCGUGCUGGUAGCGAAGCAUACUAUGAAGACGUCGAUCCUCGCUUUGCAGAGGAGCAGAACCCAUCAGCAUUUCAUGCGAUGAGUCCGGCGGAUGACAUGGCACCUCACAAUGCUGUGCGGGAUAGCGGGAUACCGAAUGCUCUCACACCGGGUCCUGGCCAAGCCGUACACUACCAAGGUAACCAACAUUUGAGUCCCGAGGCCUACGCCACGAACGCAGCUGAUCACGGCAUUAGCUCAUCGUCUGUAGAAGGACGACUUCCCUUGAAUGACUCAGCUGGUCAUCUGGAGCCUAUUCCGGAUGGUGCCAGAUCUCCUGGUGAAGGCAGUGAAGCUUCACACUUUACUUCUGUAAGUCAAAGAGGCAUCAAUCCAAACUGGAGACCUGGUCCUCCUGGUGGAUAUGCAGGCAGUAAUCUAGGACCAAAUGGCAGCUCAGCUUCUGCAGUCCAGAGGAGGAGAGAAGAUACCAUCCUCUCUGCCAAUCCUGACUUUUCGAUUCCUGGCGUGGGACUUGGCGGUAGAGGGGGAGGACGAGGACGAGGCAGAGGCGGCACAAAUGCACUUCCGCCUAGUGCGCUAGGAGGUGGAUUGACUCCUGCAGGACGCUACCCUACGGACAUCUAG